AUGGCAAACAAGCCCGAGCCCGAGCAAUGGAACCGACCUUACGUCGAACCAGAUCCCAACAACUACUCUGCUUACCAACGAGAGAUCUAUGCAUCCCUCCGGGCUCCCGUCUUCUCGACCAAACCAGCUGAGUGGGAAAAACUGGCCCGCUCCAAAGUUCCCGCAGCGAAUUUCGGGUAUGUCUAUGGUUCAGCGAGCAGUGGUCAGACCCAUGCCGCCAACAUCGCAGCUUUCGACCGCUACCGUCUUCGCCCACAUAUGUUAGUCAACGCGACCCGACGAGACCUGAGUGUCGAGCUAUUCGGUGCCAGAUACCCGAGUCCGCUGCUUGUCGCCCCUGUUGGUGUGCAAAACAUCAUGCACCGCGAUGCUGAGGAAGCCACAGCCAGAGCAUGUCGCAAACUGAGCGUGCCGAUGAUCCUAUCGUCUGCCGCCACUCGUACAAUCGAGCAAGUUGCUCAAGCGAAUACUGACGGCGACCGUUGGUAUCAGUUGUACUGGCCCAGGCCUCAGUGGGAAGAUGUGACGGUCAGCUUGUUGAACCGGGCAAAGUCCAACGGGUACAAGGUCCUGGUCGUGACUCUGGACACUUUCAACCUCGCCUGGAGACCCACAGAUCUCGACAACUCCUACUUGCCCUUCCUCUGGGGCGAUGGUUGCCAAAUAGGGCAUUCUGACCCAGUAUUUAACCGGAGAUAUGAGGAAAUCCAGAAAAGUGAUCCAAGGAGCAGUGGCGAGAAAUUGGCAGAGCUCUGGUCAAUGUUGAAGAGGCCUGGCUCAAUAUACGGUGCGGCCCGAGUCCUGAUGAAUGUACAUGUUUUGCAAAGGUCCAGGGCAUGGCUGGACACCAUGAACUCGGGCACGUAUCGUGAGUGGCAGCACCUGGAAAUUCUCAAGAAGCUGUGGGACGGCCCCAUUGUUCUCAAAGGGAUCCAGACUGUGGAGGACGCUCACAGAGCCAUUGAUUAUGGCAUGCAUGGCAUCAUUGUUUCAAAUCAUGGCGGCCGACAAUGCGACGGUGCCAUCGCAUCACUUGAUGCCCUGGCCGAGAUCGCCGCAGAUGAACGGGUCCAAAAAUCGAAACUGACUCUCAUCUUCGACAGUGGCAUCCGUAGUGGCAGUGACGUGCUGAAGGCGCUGGCACUAGGCGCCAAAGCCGUCUGUAUAGGUCGACCAUACAUGUACGGGCUUGCCAUUCGUGGACAGGAAGGGGUUGAACAUGUCCUCCGGUGCCUGCUGGCCGAUACGGACAAUAUGCUGGGGAAUCUGGGCAAAAGGAGCAUAAAAGACCUCAACAGGUAUGAUCUGCAGAUUCGUCGAGAGACUAAGCUGUAG